AUGACAACCAUCUCGUCAGCUACUCAGUCCAAACCACUUCCAAAUGCAUUCCCAACCAUUCAAGGUGUUUCGUCCAUGAGAGUAACCAAACAAUCAGAUACAACUGCUGGUUUAGAUUUCUCAUCUCAUUCAGUUUCAGAUCGAUCUGCUCGUUCUAACAAGAAUGUUAAUCUAUCGACUGAAUUCCAAGUCAUUAAUACUGGGUUGGGAUCUGUACUUCACGUUGCGUUGGCAUCUACUGAGCCAGUUUUAGCAGCUGUAGGAACAGUCACUGGCUCAUUUGGGAAUGCAACCAGUGAGUUGACAGUGGGUGCUCCCAUGAGAGACGCAGUACUUCGUCGUCUUGCUGGUGGAUCGUUAUUCUUUGAAAAAUUUUCAGUGACAGAUCAUGAUCAUGGAAUAGUGAUUCUGACUCCUAAAGAGCUUGGGGAUAUUGCAACAGUGGAGUUGGAUGGAUCGUCCGAGUUUAUCAUCAGACAAUCUGCACUGCUUGCAGCUACAUCCAACUUGGAAGUGGGUUUAUCCACUGGAGGAUUUGGUUUGGCUGACAGUGGAUUCUUCAACUACACCAUUGGUGGUAAAGGCACUCUUGCCAUGACAGCAUAUGGUGGACUAGUGCAAAUCUUGCUUGAACCAGGACAAGAAGCCAUUGUUAAUCCAAAGCAUAUGGUGGCAUGGGACAGUUCCAUGUCAGUGUCUCCUCUUGUUGGAGAUGCAUUCCCCAUGACUGGAAUUCAACAAAAACCAACUCAAUGGUUACAGAAUCGACAGAUACCAGAUCUUGUCAAGAAUGCAAUGCAGCAAAUGGUCUAUGGAUUACAGCGAGCUAUGCAGUUUAUAAAUCAUCAAGUGCGAUAUUGGGUUAUUGGACAGCGAGGCAGUUACAGACUAUGUGGACCUGGCCAUGUGUUUCUGUCUACUAGACUCAGACCUGCAAUCCGUCUGCCAUUGUUUGUAACUAAUCCUGUUGCACUGCAGAAACAGGCCACUCCAGUACUAUCAUAA